AUGGGGUUAUUCGUCGUGUCUAAUUUAUUGGUUGAUAUGCAGAAAUCGGAUCUGGGACGUCACCAUAAUGAGAAUCACAUGCCAGAAUGGCUGGUUAGUAUCCUGGAGCGGAAUGAAGGCGUCUGCAAAGAAGGGAUUGUGCCGAUUUUGCAGCAGUUGCUGGACCAAUGUCCCACGACUGAGUACGCCUAUGUGUGCAGCCCCUGCGUGACACACAUUUCAAAGACGAGAAGAGAAGGAAGUUUCUGCGGCUACCGGAAUAUCCAGAUGCUAACUUCAUGGAUCAUCGCAUCGGGGGCGCAAGGCUCGAACAUGUUUGGUCCGAAGUUUCCUUCUAUUUUCCAGAUUCAGGACCUAAUAGAAAAUGCGUGGGACAAUGGAUUCAACGUCCAGGGCAGACUUGAGACGGGUGGUAUUAGGGGGACAAGGAAGUAUAUCGGCACUCCAGAGGCAGCGGCAAUGUUCUCGAGUCUAGGAAUUCCAUGCCCACCUCAAGCUUUCAAGGAUAAAGAUUUCACAGUGGCUAGGAACCUGCUAUACGCGGCUAUUGAGCGGUAUUUCCAACAGGGGCUGCUGGAAGAAGACUCGAAAGUGCAUGCGACUGUGCUUCCGCCAAUAUACUUCCAACAUCGAGGCCACUCAAUGACCAUUGUCGGAUUCGAGAAACAAACAAACGGGAAGUCUAACCUCCUAGUCUUCGACCCCGGCUACCGAGAUCCAUCCGUCGUUUCCAACCUCGUGGGCAAGCCCUUCAGACACCCGGCCGCCAAGGCGUCGGGCGUCCUCGAGUCCUACCGCCGAGGAAACAAGUAUCUCCGCCGAUUUGGCGAGUUUGAAAUUUUAUGGUAUGUCUGGAUAAAUACGGCCGAAGAUCUGAUU